AUGGCCGAAGCAGCCUACGGCGGCCAUUCAGAUAUCCUUCGAUACUUCAUGAAUAAUACACCGAGAACAGACGGCCAGAAACCUUGGAGCCCAUACGUGGAAGCUGAGACGGAUCAGAUUCCCAAAGAAUGGGGGUCUGCAGUGCUUCCUGAUCUCGUCGUUUUGUAUGCUGCUAAGGGGGGGAAACCGUCAGUAAUGCAGACGCUCAUCGAUUACGGACUUCACGUGGACCAUCAAAUGGAUAAGAUAGGCUCGCCACUCGCAGUUGCAAUUAUUAAUAAUAAUGUAGAGCUGGUUCAGUUCUUGCUCUCCAAGGGUGCGGAUCCAAAUGAUAUGUAUUGGAUUCCGCAAGACACGUUCCUUUCAGCUGCUGCUGCACUCCCAUCAACGGAAAUACUUACUCUUUUGCUGGAUCAUGGUGCAGAUGUUGAAAGCUCAAUGGCUUUGAAUGGUGCUGCGGAGAAAGGCCGCAUUGAAUCUGCGAAGAUCCUAUUAGAUCGCGGUGCCGAUGUCGAUCAAAUCUUGAGUUACCCGUUUAUCGAAGCAGUUCUUGGAACGGCACUUCAUGUUGCUGUGAAAAAUGAACAGGAGGACUUCGUCAAGUUCUUAUUAGAACAUGGUGCAAGGAAGGAUUUAGUCAAUGCAGAAGGGCUUACGCCAAAGGAUUUAGCUGUGUCCCUUGGCUGUGAGAAGAUCGCAAAAUCGCUGGAAUAA